CCUAUACCUCGCGUACAUGUAUGCAAGUACUUUGCUCAGCCUCAGGAUUGUGAAAUAACGAGGAAAUUCGGGACAUUUGCAUGUCAAAGAAAGACAUGUUACAAUACUUUAUACGCAUUGUGUGAAGAUGAGACCGUAACAUUGGUUUUCUGUAGAAUUACUUUCCCAGGACAAGGCAAGGCCCAAGACAGUUCUUUUCCAAUUCACCCACUGCUACCUCAACUUCAGUCUCGUCUCCGGCCAGCCGACAGCGAGGAAGGUUUUGAGAAAGCCAAGGUAACUUUGAGACUGAGGUAUAAAUAGGUCUAGUCGAUCUACAAGACAAAAAUGGAGGUGAUGGAAGAACCAGAAGAAGAACACUUGGAAGCCACUGCAUCUUUGGUAGCUUCACAGUUACAACCUCAGCUCAGCCCAUGGGAUCCUAUCAAAUGCAAGGAUUGGGAAUCUCAGAAACCGAGUCAGUUGUGUCUACUUCGAAUAAGAAGGGACAUCAUGAACAUCUACACUGAGCCACCAUUGGGAAUGUGUAUUGUACCCGAAGAGGAUAUCACAAGGAUACAUGCCCUUAUAACAGGUCCAUUUGAUACCCCAUAUGAAGGUGGUUUCUUCCAUUUCUUUAUAAAGUUUCCCCCUGACUACCCUAUCAGGCCACCAAGGAUCAAGUUAAUGACUACUGGAGAUGGGGCUGUCAGGUUUAAUCCUAACCUCUACAGGAGUGGUAAAGUCUGCCUUAGUAUUCUAGGAACUUGGAGAGGCCCUGCAUGGAGCCCAGCUCAGAGUUUAUCUAGUGUGCUCAUGUCUAUACAAUCUCUGAUGAAUGAGAAACCAUAUCACAAUGAACCAGGAUUUGAACAAGAACGUCAUCCAGGUGAUUGUCAGAGAUAUAAUGAUUGUAUCCGUCAUGAAACUAUCAGAGUAGCAGUUUGUGAUAUGAUUGAACAUCCUAGUAAACACAUACCACCUGAACUACAGCAAGUAAACCGGACAUCGUUUCCUGAUUUUUAUGAUUAUUAUGUUACCACUGUACAGGAGAGGAUGCAUCUAACAGGCCAGCCUAUGCAGGAUCCAUUCGGUGAGAAGAGAGGAAUGUUUGACUACACAACUCUCUUGAAGAGACUCAAAGCCAUCAAAGAAAUUCUAGAUGAAGCUGCCCAAAUGGAAGUAUCUUCAGACUCAGAAAGCAGUGGAGGGUCAGACCUAGAUACCAAGCUCUCUGGACCAGAUACGAGUAGUUGAUAUUUGAGAGAAAUCUGUUCUCAAACUCAUGUACAUGUGUCAUGGUCAGGCAGUUUACAAAUUGGUGAAGCUGGAAAAAAAACAGUGACAGAAAAUAAUUCUGUUUGGAAACCUUUGGUAAAUUGUGUAGGCCGCUACUACAUGUAGCUUCCUUAUUUGUUUGUUUAACAGACCUUGGCUGCAUCUUGAAUUCAGCUUACUACAUCAUGGUUAGAACAAGGCCUUUAAGGUCUCAUAC